AUGAAAUGGGACAUCGAUGUAGCAACUUUUGCUCAACAUUGGUGUGACAAACUGAAGAACGAAGACAAAAUGGAACACAGCAAAGGCAGUGGGUUCGGAGAAAACUUGUUCUGGGCAUCGGGGGACUCUUCUUCUGUGGAUGCUGGAAAAUCUGCUGUAAAACUUUGGUACGAUGAAAUAAAGGACUACGACUACUAUCAUCCUGAAUUCUCUGGGAAAACUGGGCAUUUUACUCAGGUGGUGUGGAGGAGUUCGACUAAGGUGGGAUGUGGUAUUGCUAUCAAAGGGAAAUCAACGUGGGUUUGUUGCAACUACAGCCCUCCUGGAAACUUCAUAGGACAAUAUGGAGCUAACGUUUUCCGACCUACUAACCAAUAA